CUCUUUUCCGGCCCCUCAUCAACGCGCCUUAUCUUUGGCGCCGACCGAUCGCUUCUCUCAUUACCUCACUUUCUCCAUACACUCCUUCAUUUGAACAUCGAGACAGAGCGAAACCGGCUUUGACUCAUCAAUCGUGAUACCUCCGGUGCCUAUCAAGUUUACUUCUACGGCUAGAAACAACUCUAUAACACCAUGAUCCCCGAAAGUCAGUACUGCCAAAUGCAGGCAGUCAUGCCAGAAGUCAAGCAGCUCUUUCAGUCGCGGCGCUACAUCCAGUGUGCCAAUGUUUGUGAGCGCUUUCUGUCACAUCAUUAUGAUGAGAUCCAUCCCGUCCACAGGGUCUACUUGCACUUCUACUUCGCUCUGGUCCACGACACUAUGGCGCGCGAAACCACCCUCAAGCAUCGCUCCACCGGCCUGGAGCUCGCAGAACAUCAUUACCGCGCCGCCAUCGAGAUCCUCACACCAAGCGAGCCCUACAAUCUGGACGAUCUCCUUUCACCGCUGUCGCCCACCUCGGAGUAUUUGAGUGCUGCCGGCUUCCACCGCCUCUCCCGCCUUUCCUUCCGCUCAGCAGCUUCCAGUAUGAGUGAAGAUGAGGAUAGGAACUGGGACCGCGUCGACAGCCCCUACGACGACACCCCAUCACCCACACACUCUUUCCGCUCGGGCAAACCACGACCUACCCCCAUCACAACCUUCAACGCCUCACGAGCAUACCACGAGGAUCGGUUCUCCGCCGAGUUGUUCGCGCUUCUGCCUAUGCUGCAUGCACAUUUGCGCGGUGUCAAGCAGCUGAAGUCUGAUAAAACCACGCCACGAUGCUCCUUUUCACGCUCCCGUACCUCGACCUGGAGCUCGAGACCUCAGAGCCGCGACUCGACGGGAUCAAAUGAGAGCGAGCUGGAUCAGCUGCGCUCUAUGAGGAAGAACUUGAACUUCCGGCCAAAGUUCGAUCCCGCUGAUAUCCAAAAGCUGUGCAAUGAGGCGCUGGCUGAGCUGUGAGCUUCAUAAUCUUCACCCUAGCCUGUUGUGGCCUUGGUUACAGACCUCAUGCUGUGUGACUAGCGGAGGCUCUGCUU